GCACUAGGACCCUGCGGCAGAGCGCACUUUAUUGCACUCUGGAUGUUUCCGCGCUCCCUCGUGCCAGAGGGACGCACCUACUCUGCCAGAUACUUGAUCAAUUAUUUUUGUUCAAGUGUCUAUCCGACAGUCAGUAUGGAGAUGGCUGCGAAUCGUGUGGGGAGGCGGUAUAACAAUAAAGUCCACUCACCGAACCGAGGUGCCGGCAGGGAAGCUGGACUGAGCGUGCAGAAGAGACAAGCGCGUGUCACCGUAAAAUAUAACAGAAAGGAACUCCAGAGACGCUUAGAUGUGGAAAAGUGGAUAGAUACCGGACUUGACGAGAUGUAUUUGGGAAGGGAAGAUGAGAUGCCUGAGGAAGUGAACAUUGAUGAGCUACUGGAUCUACAGAGUGAUGAAGAGCGGACAAAGAAGCUGCAGGACAUCCUUAAUACCUGCAGUAACAACACAGAAGUCUUCAUCACAGAGUUGGUGAAUAAACUUCAUGGCCUCCAGAAACAAGAGGAUCUCCACAACAAUGGGAUUGAACAUCCUCAGCUUCACAUCUUCCCAGAUCGCCAGGGAUCCUCUGAAACUUAGAGACACAGAGCACCUUCCCAAAUGAACACAUACGUUACCUAUGACUGGUCAGUUUCCUGUUUAAAACAUGUUUAAUACUGGACAUCAGCAGUAUAUGUGCACAGAAAGGGAAAUUUUCCAGCUAUUUUUCACACUUUCAUUCACUUAAUCACCAUUUUGCCUAUAUAUUUUUAAUAGCUUCCCGCUCUUAAUUAAUCUACAAACAAAUAUAGAAAAACAAAGUUUAUCCGGUAAGAAUUUAUUCCUUGAUGCGUACAAGCGAAGUGUGAAAACUGUUUCACAAAUCACAAGCCCGAAGCCCAAAGCCGAAGCAACAUGUGAGUCUGAGCUCCACCCCGUCAAUCCUUAAGAAUUUCCACAGAAUCCCUCAACAGUGCAAAUGAAUGAGCAUCUAAAGUCAGAUUGUCAAAUUCAUCAGCCAAUCAGAUUGAUUUAUUUGUUCUUGGUGGUGUGAUAUUUAGGAUAUGUCCCGGUCGAGGCCUUCUAGCUGGCCUUGAGUGACGCAAUCACGCCUUAAGUGAUGUAAUUUUAAGUGAAGAGUGCAAGAUCUUGCUGACAGUUGGCUGUCACUGUCACAUCACCAUUGAGAAAGAGAUCCUUAUGGAUUUAAGGAUGCAUGACUGUGUGAUAGCUUAAUUUAUUAAACAGGAAAGAAGGACUGAUUUUCACUUCAAGUAAAUUGGUAAGUGUUUUUUGCAUUCUUAUAGCAACAUCAGGAGUGUAAAUAAAAAAUUAGGCUGCUGGAGCAUUCAGUGUCAGAUCAAGUUUUGAAAAGUUGUGCUGCAUUGCAUUCAACUCAGAAAGUCGGAUUUUACAACUUGAUAAGGAAAAGUGCAAUGGAUGCAUCUUUAAGUCAUAAUUACAUCUUGUAGGCUCGUGCAGAAAUUCUCAACAUAUUUCGCCGAGAUGCAGGGGCAUGAUGUCACACAAACAUGCCGACACUCAGGGAGAUAUACAAAGUAAGUGAUAAACAUUCACUUUAUUAAGUAAUAUCGAUAAAUGAGUCUGUUUCCACAUUACAUGAUAUUAAAGCUUGUUUAACAAACGCCUGCAGAAACGGGUGUAUAAAACAUAAUCUCUUUUGAUAAUCGUAAACCUGAAGCACAAAUGCUAGUGCUGCAGCAUUGUUUAUCAGUUGGGUUGCUAGGAGACAUCUCUAAUGAGAGUCAAACACUGCUAAGCUAACGGGAGCGCUGCAGUUCUGAAUAUCGGGGAAUGGAUUAUGGAGAUAUCAAGUAGGAAUAUCCCACAUCCAACUUGAAUGAAAUGCAGCAUAACCGUGUACCCUGAUGAAACGAAAUUAAUUGCAUGUGAUAAGGUGUCAUCCUUAUUUAAAUUUUUGUAUGUAUCGAAAAAUGAGAUGUACAUCCCUUUCACACUGAAAAAUGUGAAAGUGUAUUUAUUACCUUGAGGAGCUAUUUCUACCUGAUCUUACCUUCAGACAUUUACUGUCAGUGGUGUGACCCAAUAUAUUUAUGUUUAUUCAAAAAUAUUAAAUCAUUUAUUUGACUCAAAUUAAAUCAGUUAAAUUUAUAAGUUACCACAUGAAGUACAUUUUUAGUUAAAUUUAAGUAUCAACGCAUUUUUAUAGUGAUUGUUAUCUCUUUUUAUCUGUUAUUUUUUCCGUCUUUAGCAGUUGUUCUUUUCAAGUGUCGACCCAUGUGGACAGAUUUUUAUCAUGGAGAAUCUGUUGAUUUUUAGAUUAUAAUGACUAAGAUACAGAUUUGCCACAAUCGGGCCAAAGAUUGUUGUCACUGUGCUUUUUUUUAUUACAAAAUGGUUCUAAUGAUUCCCUGUUGUGAUAUUUAUCUGUAGAUGUUAGAUUUUGUAGAAUUAAUUUUUUUUACAAAAACAUUCUUGAAUAUCAGUGAAUGUUUUGCUGUUUAGAUUAACACUGUCAGCUUUAUCCAUUAUGUAUGUAGGACUUUUUGAAGGCUUGUUUUUAACCAAGGUGUUGUUAAUCAUUUCUUUUGCUGCUACUGUGUUAACUGCUCCAAGUUGAGAUAACUAAUAGUUAAACAACUGGUCAAAAUAAACAUUUCUAUUUGAUGAAAGUUAUAAAUUUUGAAGGAAUUACCAAGCAUUUAUAUUUUAGCGCUUUAUUCUUUGGUAUGCAUCAUGCACCAUUAUAUUUGUAUGUGCAACAGCUGUGUCAGCAAUUUAUCUUAUUGUGUUUUUUUUUUAGUAACUGUUUUCAGUUUUUCUUGUUUGCAGUUCCGUAUUUGUGACUCACAUUCCAACAAUAAUGAAUCAAAUGUAUUAUAUUUUAGUCAGCACACACUCAUUUUAAAGGCUGAACAUAAUACUAUUUAAAAAAAAAAAAAAACUUUUGCAUGAGUAUUUGAAUCUCAUUUGUGUUUUUUUUUUUUUUAUAUUCAAUGGAACAAAAGUGGUGGUAACAUGGAUAUUCAAUUAAUUUCUGAAGUAAUAAUGGGCUGUUUGUUAUAUUUUGUGGGGCCCUCCCAUAAAAAUGUAACCUGAUUUCUUUCAAAUAAAAGAAUAGCAUUCAAGCUAAGGGACACAGGAAUAAAUUAUGCUGUGUAAAUUAUCAUUGCCCAUUUCAUCGUUGUCAAAUAAAA